AUGAAUUCAACUCAGCAACUCAAUGACACGGAGGACCUUACUGAAAUCAAGUGGCUGUGGCUGUGCAAUAUCAUGGCAGCUGAAGGAGUCAUUGGUGUCUUAGGAAACCUCUUAGUGUGCUUUGUCAUUCUACGAGUCAAAUUCCUACACAACAUGACAAACUAUCUGCUGGUGAAUUUGGCAGUGGCCGAUAUGCUGCUGUGCCUGCAAGAGUUUUUCUUAUAUCUGAUGUCGUGUUCACUACUGGACUUUGUGCCAACAAACAUCAUUGGGAGAGAACUUUACUGCCGCAUUCUGAGAUCAAAAUAUUUAGCAUGGGCUUUGUCCUAUGCAUCUGCUUACAAUCUCUGUGUGGUAACAUUAGAGAGAUACGUUGCAAUUGUACAUCCAUUGCAAUAUGAAAGGAAACUCACAGCAACACGGAUGAAAACUCUGAUUGCUCUGAUCUGGGUGAUUUCAUUUCUCUUUUCUGCACCUUAUAUAUUAAUGAUGGAAUCAAGCACUGAUCCUGAUCAGGCUUGCUUGGAUUUAAAACACCAUCAUCAGGAAUUUCAACAAUUUUUGAAAGUGUUUACCAUUUUAAUGUGUUGCUUGCUGCCUAUAACAUUAAUGAGUUUGGCGUACUACAAGAUACAAGUCACUCUCAAAAGACAAGCAAAAGCCCUGAAACUGCGACAUGCAAGGGCAGCAGCCUAUGAUCUUGUGAUUGCUAGACAGCGUCUGAUCCAAACUCUUACAAUUGUCUUAGGAGCUCUUAUCAUCCUAUGGAUGCCAGUAUCAAUAGUCUUUCUUCUCUGUGUGGGUCCACCAUAUGAGGGCCUAAUUUCAUUCUGUGAUUCAGAUACCUACGGAUACAGCUUUGACAUCAGCAACUUUUUUUACUAUUUCAAUUCAGUCAUCAACCCUAUCAUCUAUGGGCUGAAAUACAAGAAAUUCCGACAAGGAGUUAAGGUAGCUUUUUGCAGCUGUGUCAAAAGAAAAUGGAAUAACAGAGUUGACAUUGAGAUGGUGCCAACAUGA